CGGUGGAUACUCCUACAGUGAAAACAACAAAAAAUGGCUCUCAAAUCAGUAUCAAUCCUCCUCUUCCUUACUCUCUUGGUACAAAUCUCAUUCGUCCUCUCCGAUGUCUCACCUGUUGUCGGCGGGCGGAAGGCAGUAGGAUAUGGCGAGUGGAGGCCGAUCAAGGACCUGAACGCGACAGAGGUGCAAGAUGUAGCCCAAUUUGCGAUCACAGAGCAUAACAAGGAGGCUGAAGCCAAUCUGGUGUUGCAGAGUGUGGACAAGGGUGAAACCCAGCUCGUUGCCGGCUUGAAUUACCGGCUUCUCCUCACGGCAAAAGACGGGGGCGUGCGUCCCGGACACUACCUGGCGGUUGUUUAUGUUAAGCCUUGGUUGAACUAUAGGAAUCUCACUACCUUCAAAAAGUUACUACAAUAGGAAAGGAUAGUAGUAUUGUAUUAUGAUCCUCGUUUUUGAGGAGGUAUGUGGGGUCUAAAAUGUAAAACUGAAAUGAAAUAAAUAAAAUCCAAUAAAUAGUGUACAAUGCACCAUGUGCUCCAA